AUGUUCCCCACGCCCACGCUCCACCUUAAACCCUCAAUUCCCUUCACCUCCCUCACUCCCAAAUCCCUAAAACCAGCAACAAAAUGCUGCAAAUCGGAGACUCCGCCGGAGACCGAGCGUGGCUUCAACUUCGACGUCGGCAGCACCUUCUUUCGUCGCGAGAGCUCCACCGGGCGCGACCUCGGCGUGCUCUCCGCCGCCGUCCACAGGCAAUCGAGCGACUCCCUCAGGGUGCUCGACGCGAUGUGCGGCUGCGGGGUCCGUUCGAUGCGCUACCUCGCGGAGGCCGGCGCCGACUUCGUGGUGGCCAACGACGCGAACCACGAGUACGGCGGGGUCAUCUGCGGGAACCUGGAGAGAGCGUCAGGCGGCAGCGGGAUGGGGAGUUGGGUGGUGAAGCACAUGGAGGCGAACCGGCUUCUGACCGAGUGCUAUCUGGAGAGGGAUUACUUCGACUUGAUCGACGUGGACUCGUUUGGGAGCGAGUCGAGUCACCUGAGGUCGGCACUGUGUGCUGUGAAAUUGGAUGGGCUUCUGUACUUGACUUCCACCGAUGGGUAUUCGUCCGGCGGCCACCGGCCUCAACAUGUUUUGGAUGCAUAUGGAGCAUAUGUCCGGCAUAUGCCGUACUCAAACGAGAUUGGAUUAAGAAUGCUUAUAGGCGGGGCUGUGCGGGAGGCCGCUGUGUUGGGGUACCACGUUGUGCCACUUUUCUCAUACUACUCAUACCACGGGCCUGUGUUCCGAGUGAUGCUUCAAGUUAGGCGUGGCAAAAUGCCCAUCACAAGGUCACAAAAUCUUUUCUUUUUUCCAACCAGCUCCUCUUUGUUUAGAAUCUCGGCUAUUUCUGACCUUCCCCCGCCUGUUUUUUGCAGGCAUUAUAGUUUCAUCAGCUACUGCAAUCAAUGUGGAAACUCUCGAGCAUUCUCAUGGGAUGAACUUGGUGAAAUGAGGUGCUCUUGCAAUGAUGUCUUAGGUUCACUUGUGGUUUCUGGGCCCCUCUGGACAGGACCCCUUCACUGCUCAUCUUUUCUUACAAAGAUGCUGAACUUGGCCGAGCAAUGGGGUUGGACUGGCAAUGGGAAGAUUGGGACACUCUUAAAAGUGAUGAUUGACGAGAGUGAUGUUUUAUUGCCCUUUGGGUACACCAAACUAGACGAGAUUGCAAGACGAGCAAAGGUUAAUUCCCCUCCAAUAAACACACUGAUGCAUGCCCUGAAAAAGGAAGGAUAUGCUGCCACUAGAUCACACAUAGCAUCAGCUGCAAUCAAGACAAAUUGUCCAAUGGUUGAUUGUGUGAGGAUCGCGAAAGAACUCCAAUGCUGUUCGGUGACUGCUUGA